AUUCAGAGCACACACAGGAGGAUGGUGUCAGCCUGGGACAGUCUCUGCUGUCCCGCAUCCCAAUGCCCCGGGUUUAGCCUGUCUGCAUUAGGUUGCUAUCGUUGGCAUUUUUUUUGGCACAGUGUUUCUUUGGUCAUUACAGGACUGUGAAUGGAUGAGCCCAAGGCGAGGCCUCUGUUACAGCCACAGUGAAGCGCUGAGGAAUGUGCUUUCAACAUUACAUACUCUAAUGGACUUUUUUUAUAGAAGGGAAUAUUAUGAAAAUUUUGAGUUGGUAUUUAAUGAAAAAGGACGAAUGAAUUUUAUACCAGGUCUGUCCAGCUUUUCCAACAUGUUUGGAAAGAAGAAGAAAAGGCUGGAAAUCUCGGCCCCCUCGAACUUUGAGCAUCGUGUUCACACAGGGUUUGACCCCCAUGAACAGAAGUUUACCGGGCUUCCUCAGCAAUGGCAGAGUCUCCUGGCAGACACGGCCAACCGACCCAAACCGAUGGUGGACCCGUCCUACAUUACACCCAUUCAGCUGGCCCCUAUGAAGACAUCUCCCAAGAUUGUCCGGUCAUCUGAAUCACCGUUGCGAAAAACCAUUGUGAGGGGGAGCAAGCCACCCAAAGAUGCUUCCAUCAAUGGACUACUUGAAGAAUUUGACAACAUUUCUGUGACACGCUCCAACUCUCUGCGCAAAGAGAGCCCACCAGGAGCCCACCAGGCCAGUUCAGUCAAGCAGCUGUCCAUAGCCUCGGCUAACGCCAGCAGCAGUGGCCCGGAAGAGAACGGCUUCAGCCACUACUUUGCCCGAUACUCCUGUGAUCUGGACAGCAGCAGGGACUUCCCACUGGAGCGGGACAAAGGUGCAUAUGAUGGAGAUUGGGCUGUGGGGCGCCAUUAUCGUUUCUCUUUCAAACAGAACGGCCAUGCCAUUCGCAGCCCUUUCUAUCCAGAUGCCAUGCCUCAAAAGUCCUCGGAAUAUGCCAAGAUGCCGCCAGACUACCAUGCCUACUUGGAGAGCAAAGUGCGCCUGUCCACGGAUGAGAUGGCUUCAGGUGCUACUAGGAACUAUUACAGGGCCUCUCUGGGAGGAUCCAGUCAGGAUUACCGUGAGCAGCCAUUAGGAACGCCAUCACGGGUCUCCCUACACAGUGAGCAGAUCAACUACCCGGAUGGUGACUGGGGGGGAGGAAUUUAUACUGCAGCAUUGAGAGAUGAAUAUGAAAAGAGGCCAAAGUCAUCAUACAUUUGUCAGACAAGCCCCCAACCAGCCAUUCGGCAGCGCUCCAGAUCAGGCUCUGGCUUACAGGAGCCCAGUCUGCCCUAUGGCAUCAGUGCCUUCAAGGCUGCACCGCACGGCCCCUACAGCUCCUAUACUUACCCUCGCCUUUCUGAAAACACCUCAGCCUCCCAGAUCAUUGGCAAGGGUGACUAUGACAGGAUGUCACGGGAUGGAAGCCCGCAGGUGCCAGGAGCCGAGACGUACCCGCGUGGCCCCUUCAAACUACCUCAGAGUCAUGCCAAGAUGGGCUAUCCACCAAACUUUCAGUACCCACCUCCUUUCCACUAUAAGCCAUCUCCAUACCACCACCCUCCAUCUCAGCCUAGUCCUCCAUACACCCCUCAGGGGGCUCACUCCCAGCCCUCCUCACCCUACAUCCCGGGAUACUGGGGCUCAGCCUGCGAGCCUCCACCACCCUCACGUGUUUCUCACGAGCAGUUCCGUGCUGCGCUGCAGCUUGUAGUAAACCCAGGCGACCCACGGGAGUACCUGGAUAACUUCCUAAAGAUUGGUGAGGGCUCCACGGGCAUUGUGUGCAUUGCCACGGAGAAGCACAGUGGCAAGCAGGUGGCCGUCAAAAAGAUGGACCUAAGAAAACAGCAGCGGCGUGAGCUGCUCUUCAAUGAGGUGGUGAUUAUGAGGGACUACCACCAUGAAAAUGUGGUGGACAUGUAUAACAGCUACCUGGUUGGAGAUGAACUCUGGGUUGUGAUGGAGUUUCUGGAAGGCGGGGCUUUAACCGAUAUUGUCACGCACACCAGGAUGAAUGAGGAGCAGAUUGCUACAGUGUGUCUGUCAGUGUUGAAAGCCCUCUCAUAUCUGCACACGCAGGGUGUCAUCCACAGAGACAUAAAAAGUGACUCUAUCCUACUUACAAGUGAUGGCAGGAUAAAGCUCUCUGACUUUGGAUUCUGUGCUCAAGUCUCAAAAGAUGUGCCUAGGCGGAAGUCCUUGGUUGGCACGCCAUACUGGAUGGCACCCGAGGUCAUCUCCAGGCUACCAUAUGGCACUGAGGUUGAUAUUUGGUCGCUAGGGAUCAUGGUGAUUGAGAUGGUGGAUGGGGAGCCACCCUACUUCAAUGAGCCUCCACUGCAGGCCAUGAGGAGAAUCCGAGACAACCUUCCUCCUCGGCUAAAAGAAUCACAUAAGGUAUCAUCAGUGCUCAGAGCCUUUUUGGACCUGAUGCUGGUGAGAGAACCUUCACAGCGGGCCACAGCACAGGAGCUCCUCCAGCACCCAUUCCUUAAGCUCUCAGGCCCUCCCUCUUGCAUUGUACCUCUGAUGAGGCACUACCGCCAUCGCUGACCAACACAUGCAGUACAAUACUAUUUACCCAGUCAUAUGUAACCUGUGGAAAAACCACACUGACACUUGUAACCGUUUGUAGAUUAGAAAACACGAACAAGAACGCUAUCUAUUAAUACAAAAUAAAUAAAUGAACACCACAUGAAAGUGAAUAUCAUGGCCAUUAGUAGUGCCACUGGCUUUAGUGGUGGGUGUCUGGACCUUUAUUAGAGAGCUAGUGAACAGUCUGUGAGAGUGAUGUGUGUGCUGUGUGUCCUGACUCCCUGUUGAGAGUUGUACUGUAGUAGCUGCAGACUUAAGUUCAUGCAGUGGGAAGAAACAGCGAAGCUGUUAAGCUGAGUGACUGUUUAGCGACCAACGGCCGAUCACCGGCUUCUGGCCCUGAAUGCAAAAGCACUAAAGAUGUAGAGGAAAUAGGGCUGUUACACUAUUGAGGGACAAGCAUCUUCUUUUUCAUGUCUCUUAGAGGACUUGUAAGAUUUCUCUGUACAGUUUUGAUAAUCUUCAGUAUUUUAUGGUGAUGUAACCGUUGUGAUAUGGGCAGUAUUGAAUAGAAUUAAAGAGUUUCUGCAAAAGAUCUUUCCUACUGUUUAUAAUCCAUUUUUGACUAAGAACUGUAGAUAUCCACACUAAACUCACCCUUAUCUGUCAAAGAAACCUAAAUAUAUUUAUUUACCCUACAUUUAUAGACAGAACUUCCAGAGUGUGUGGGGAGAGGUCUUGCCAGAAUUUUGUAUGCGGUUUUAAAGUAUUAUUUAUUUUUGAACUGAAGCUUUAUUUUUCAGUAGUGUGGCCUUUUUGCUUUGUUUUUUCUUCACAUUUUUGAAUACUUAUAAAAAGCGAUGUUGGCUAUAUCAUGAAAGCAGGCUGUAUCAGACAAGCAAUAAUCACCAGUUAUUUUUUCACUGAUCAUGCAACUGUUUCUUACUUGAGAAACAAAAACAUUACUAUUAAACUCUUCCUCCUUAAAGCUCUGACACAAUGCUACUACCUUUAAGAACUGAUGCUCAUCCAAGAAGCAGUCAUUUAAACUCCUAGCAAUACUUCAAUUCUUGACACGUUUUCAUCUCAGCAAUGAUCUUUCCUGUAAGUGGCUCAUGGUAUCUUUGACUCAGCCUGCAAUCCUGUUUCUAUUCCCAUUACUCACUGUGAUCUGUAAAUAUGAACGGUGUGUCUGCUUCUGGCAAAGCCUGAUGAAUGGUCGGACUUGAAUGAGUACAUCUAACUGUCGUGCCGCUUUGUACAGUGAUCUUGCAUGUGUGUCAUCAGUAAAGCUGGUUUCAAUAAAAAAAAGGAAAACAGAAA